GAAACACAAAUACAAGAAUUUGAUUCGCCAAAGUAAAAUGACGUCAUAGAAAAAGCGUAUGGUUGUUUCUUUCAAGGAAUAUAAACAUCGCUUAUGUUUUGCUUUUGUGUCAUCACUGAAGUUGUUUUGUGAAGGGGGCUGAGCGGAGGAUGGUUUUGUACUGUUAUUGGCAAAUUUAAUUAGAAAGACGUGUCCGUUCUUGUACUAGCUGGGCUACGCUUUAUCACAGACUCAAAAAUGAAUGGAAAUGGAACACUCAAGUUAUACUAUCAUCCCUUAUCAUUCUACUCUCACCGGGUGCUCUUCACUCUUCUAGAGAAGGGUCUGCACUUCAAGCCUGUGGUUGUUGACUUGAUGGCAGCUGAACAGUACCAGCCAGAGUACCUGCGCCUGAACCCCAACGGCGCAGUGCCCACUCUGCAGGAUGGUGUCAAGGUGUUCCCCGACUCGUCUCUCAUCAUGGAGUACUUGGAGGACAACUUCAGUGGAGGAAAAUACCCGCGUCUGAUGCCAUCCGACAAGAGCUCCGAGAUGUACCGCAAGGUGCAGGAGUUCACGGAGGCGUUCUCCAGCCUCAACAUCCCGGUGUUCAGCUACGGCACGAUGCACAACGAGGAGCUGAGGAAGAACGUCCGUCUGCCGCAGCUGGUGCUGCGCGCCCGCGUCCAGGCCACCUCGUCGAUGGACAAUCUGCAGGCGGUGGUGGACCGCGCCAUGUCAGCGGUGCCUGAGGCGCGGCCCGAGCUCGAGAAGAAGCUCGAGUUUUUCGCCGGCUUCACGGCCGACAUACGGAACCCGGAGCGGUACGGGGAGGCGGUCCGGGGCGUGGAGGUGUACCUGCAGAGGGUUGAGGACGAGCUCAUCACACAUGUUGGAGACCGUGUCAACUGGUGGCUGUGCGGGCCCAGUUUCACACUGGCCGAUAUCGACCUUUGCGUGCUGCUGAACCGUAUCUGGCUGCUGGGACUGGAGGAGCGGCUGGUGACGCGGUGUCGGCCUCACCUGACCACCUACCUGCGGCGCGCGCAGCAGCGGAAGGCCUUCCAGCGCGUGGCGGCCGUGCCGCUGCGGCUGCGAGCGCUGAUGGCGGCCGAGCGGGCGGCCACAUACCUGCCGUUGGCCAUUGGCGUGGGCGCCGUCCUGGCGGCCGUCUUCGGAGUCUAUAGUGCGCGCCGAGCGUCAUAGAUGGCAGGCGAGUCGGCUGUAGUUCACGGGAGGGCACGGGUGCGGCGAUAAAAGGGAGAUGGGGAGAUGAGAACGUCCGUUUGAAUGCUAGGUGGGAAGGGCUGGAGAAUUCCACUCAUCAGGGCAGAAGUUCAGUGGGGACCGUGGCUGGGACUGGUUAGUAUAGAAUCGUACUAAUUUGUUGAUAGUUCGUUCUUCAGUUCCCGCUGUAUGACGCCAAUAAGACUGCUUGUGAUACAAGAGCAUGCGACUGUGAUGACGAGAAUGGCUAUGACAUCGGAGUAGUGGUCUUCCAUCGAAUGGUGAGUGCGAGUGUGAUCGAUGCUUCUUUUCGUCUUCGGCAGAUUCCGGUUUCUAGAAUCUCUCGAGACUGCUUCCGUGAAGCCGAGCUAGAAUAGCGUUGGACUUGUGCGUUUAUUUUGCUGCACUGCAUCUCUGUGCAAUAAAUCGAUCUAUUUUGUGA